UAAUAUUUAUGUCUCAACGUCCAUCCAUCCAUCCAUCACCCCCGUUUGCGUAACCACCACCACCGCACCGAUCAAUUAUCUGUUUAUCUCAUCUACCUUUCUCUCUCUCUCAUCACUCAUGAACUCCAGGAUCGAUUGAAGUUUUCGUGGUGGUUGUCGUUGAGUGGUUUUCUGUGGAUUUCCUGGAGUUGGAAGGAGUGCUGGAUUGGUGUUGAAUUCAGUAGGUGGAUUGUCUUUGUAUAAAUCAUUUAAAGAACAUGUUGGGAGGAAGUAACAACAAUUCAUUAAUCCCUGUAUUUGUUGAUGAGAACCUUUUCCAAUACCCUUCAAACACAUCAAACCAAUUGCAACUAUUCGGAAAUGUUGCAUGUAAUGUUGAUCAAGUAAAUUAUUCAGCAAGAGAUCAAAAUAGUCCUGUUUUUCGACCCAACAAACGACCAAGGGAAACUGAGGCUAAUAACUUUAUGCAGAAAAAGCUUCAGAUUUCAUUGAAUCAUAGUUUUUAUAAUGAGGAUAUUAACCCCCCUUCAACCAUCAUCCCAAACCCACACCAUGUAUCAACUGGUUUAAAGUUAUCAUAUGAUGAUGAGGAACGCAACUCUUCCAUCACUUCAGCAAGUGCAAGUAUGACAUUAGCACCAUCCAUCAUGUCUUCUUUUGGUGAUAGCAUCACAACUGAACUUGAUCGACACAAAGACGAAUUUGAAAGAUACAUUAUGAUCCAGGAAGAAAACAUGUUGAAAGGGAUGAGGGACAUAAGGCAGAGACACAUGGCUUCAUUCUUGGCUGCCAUAGAAAAAGGGGUAGCCAAUAAAGUACGCGAGAAAGAAGACGAGAUCCAAACCAUAAACCGCAAAAACAAAGAACUUGUGGAAAGAAUAAAACACGUGGCAAAUGAAGCUCAAAAUUGGCACUACAGAGCAAAGUACAACGAGUCAAUGGUGAACAUAUUGAAAACAAACCUUCACCAAGCACUGGCUCAGGGAAAUGAUAACCAAAUCAAAGAAGGAUUUGGAGACACGGAUGUUGAAAACGAUAAUGAUGCGGUUUCGUCUAUGGAUCCUAAAAAUCAUACUACUACUACUACUACUACUACUACUACUUGCAAGGCAUGCAGAACAAAAGAGGUGUCGGUUUUGGUAAUGCCAUGUAGACACCUGAGUUUGUGUAAAGAUUGUGAUAGUUUUACAAGUGUGUGUCCCGUUUGCCAGGUAGUUAAAACUGUUAGUGUGGAAGUCUACCUGUCGUGAAAGGAGAAAGUUUUAACUUAUAAAAUGAAAAAAAAUCAUCCAUACAUAUAACCUUUGUUUAUUUGUUUAUUUGUAUAUCGAGUGUUCUGGUAUAUAUAUGCGUUUAAGAG